AUGGCAACACCAAUCAACAUUGUUCUUGACCCUGCUCUCCAAGCUCUCAUGCCAGAAAACAACAAUACCACUACCAAAAUGGAACUUCCUUCGGCUCCGACGAAACCGUCUCGAAAAAGAAAUAUCUCGUCAGGAGGAGAUGACUUGUCUUCUAUCAGUAUCUCAAAGACAAAGAAUACGAAAACAGCAGCUGUGAAACCGAAACCCCCCAAAAAAACUUCGAAGAAAAAAAGCCAGGAAACUCCAAAAGAAACCAGAGAUGAGGAGGAACGAACGGUGAUACCCGAUGAAGAAAGACGACGUGAAGGUGGAGAAGAAGGUGAUUCCGAAGACAAAGACGAGUCUGAAAAACAAGCACGUGCUCCUAACUAUCUGGAGCAUGAGGAUCUCCAGCUCUGUACCUCGUGGCUCGAAACGACUGAAGAUGGGCGAAAAGGUACCAACCAAACCGGCACUGCCUUCUGGGAAACGGUCGCAAAUCACUAUCGAUCAAAGAUUCCCGAACCCUUUCGUCCCUUGAAGAGUAUCAAAGGCCAUUGGGGCCUCAUACAAGCUGCACUCAACAAAUUUCACGGAUGUGUGAACCAAAUCAACCAUCGGAACCCAAGCGGUACAACAGCGGCCAAUCGAAUCAGCAUGGCCCACACGAUGUACAGCAAGCUUCAAGAGAGACCCUUCAAGUACAUGGCCUGCUACGAUCUCCUAUCCAAAGCGCCGAAGUGGCAUGACUACAAUGCCGCGAUGACAAAAAAAUGCGAACAGAAGAAAAAACCCAGCCCAAAUCCCUCGAGCCCUUUGCCGGCCUCAUUACCUAGCUCGACUUCAGCCGAUACUGUCCACUUGACUUCGGAUGCUUCUGGCGAUGAGACUGCGCGUGGCGAACCGACUCGUCCUAUAGGUCGGAAAAAGGCAAAGGUGGCCUAUCAAGAGGAAAAACUAGACGCCUCGAAUCAUGAACAUCUUAAAAAGAUGGCUACCGCUCACAUCGAUAUCGCUGAGGUUGCAAAGAAGCAACAUACUGCACUAGCGAGUGCGAUGUCUGCUCAACACUCCGCCCUCAAACGCCUUGCAGAUGAGGCAAUCAUGAAUAAGGACCUCACUGGGGCUGAUGACGAUGUCAAGAAGUACUACAUACUUCAACGAAAACGCAUAUUAGAUCGACUUGAACAAGAAAUGGCUACUCCUGCUCCAGCUUCAGAAUCGACUCCAGCUUCAGCUCCUGCAACGGUUAACCAUGAAAAAUAG